AGAUAAAACCCAAAGAACCUUCUGGAUUCACUCACAUCAUAUCAAAGCUCUCCAUUUUAAAUAUACUACAACAAUUUUCCAGCUCUACCAAUAGACAACAGCGUUUUGAAACUCAAAAUUCUAAGAUCAAUUGUUGCAAAUAUCAAUGGCUGAUGGUAUUUUCAGCUAUCCUUUCAGGAGAAUUUUCUUGAAUCCCCCUGUGUUUCGUGAAUGGUCCGGAUCAACUGCUCUCAUGGACUGGAUUGAAUCCCCUUCUGCUCAUAUCUUCAAACUCAAUGUUCCAGGCUACAGAAAAGAGGAAAUAAAGGUGGCGGUGGAAGAAGGGAACAUUUUGCAGAUAAAGGCAGAGGUGGAUAAGGAAGAGGAACAAGGAAAGGAGACAGUAUUGCACGUAGCUGAGAGAGGGACGGGGAGAAGGAACUUUUGUAGACAAAUUGAAUUGCCAGAAAAUGUGAAGUUGGAUCAGAUUAAAGCUCAGAUGGAGAAUGGACUUCUUACUAUAAUGGUGCCUAAGGAUUCCAGUCCUAAGCCGUCUAAAAUCAGAAAUAUUAACAUCACAAGCAAGAUUUGAAAUGCGAAAUUAUGUGUAAUGUCCAAAUUUGUAGUGAGAAUAAUGGGUUUGGUUUGUUGAGUCAGUAUUCUGUUACAUAGCUUAAAAGUAGAAAUGGAAUAAGGUUUGUCAAGAACCAUAAUUUAGAGAA